UUUUUGCCUUAAUGUUGACUGUCCAUGACAAAAAUAGAGCCUGGCCAGUGCACAAUUAUGGGCCAUCUGCCAUAACCAGCAGUUGCGCAAGCUCGCCCGCCGGAUCCCCCUCAGUUUCCUCCCCGGCAACCAUCAAACCAACCGCCUCUCUCUCUCGCUCUCUGUGAUCCUCUCUCUGGCACGGCGCGCGGGGCUUAUGUGUCUGGUACUGUACGGAGAGAGAGAGAGGGAGCUCUACUUGGAGUGACGUCACCUCUCCCAUGGCGUCACAUUGACGUAGCGCAUACCAGUCGCCCUAUGUGGAGGCAGAGCCCACAUAAAUGCACUAUUUGACUUUCUCCCCUCAGACGCAGGAGCACAUAAACAAACCAGCGUUACAACUCCACACUUUGCAAAGCACCCAUCAGCACUGACACACUCAGCUCACGGGGAGCGGACGCAGACACACUCCUUUCACCCGGGAGUUUUUCACUUUUAAUUUUUUUUUUUUUUUUGAAUAUAUACUUUUGUGUACUUUAGAAAAACUCAGAAGAAGAACAAGAAACUUUUUUGUUUCUCGUCGAUGCAUCCCGCUUACUCUUUUUUUUAAAAAACAACAUUUUUCUCCUCUUGACAUCGCCUCUUUUGGUGAUUAUUCUGGAUGGGAAUAGGACACUUCAUGCGAGGCUAUAACCACAUGUAAAGACGGAACCGCUACAGCAAACCAACACAGGUUCGGAAGAGCGCGCCCAGCCGAGCUCGGAGCCACGGCGAUCGGACACUUCCCCUGCCACGCACGCCGACUCUUCCCUGCUCCAGGAGCCCUGUCCCGGCCGCAGCCACGCCACCCCUCAACCCCGGACACCCAGCACCAUUCAGCGCGAAGCUCUUUCACCAGAUCUAUGGCAUUCUGACAAUGAACAAGCGCGCUCAGUUAUUGGAACAGCUGCAGUUUGUCCAGUUGAAAUGCACACCUCGAGACAUGCCCUGUGUGCAGGCUCAGUACGGGCCCGCCCCUCCAGGCUCAUCCUACUCUGGCCAGUCCUUCAGUUACCAGGGCGACAGCUACAGCUCUGACCUCAUGACCCCUGACUACACCAAGCUGGACCUGGGCGGCGGUGAGAUCUCUGCCGCCGCCACCACCUCCCUCCCCAGCUUCAAUGUCUUUGUUGAGGGGAGCUACGAGCCCAAGUCCUCCUGCCUCUACCAGAUGCCUCCGCACAGGCCCACCAUCAAAAAGGAGGAGGAGAGCUACCCGACCGCUCCACCCCUGGAGACCAUGUCCUCCUCCACCAUGUACUUUAAACAAUCUCCCCCCUCCACUCCCACCACCCCGUCCCUGCCGCCCCAGCCGGGCACCUCCUUCCUGUGGGAGGACCACCCCCUGGCUCCUCCGUCGCACCCUCACUCCCUGGGCUCCAGCUUGGACGCAGGCCCCCUAAAGUCACCCCGCUUUCAACACUUCUACCAGCACUCGCCGCCCCACAGUGGCGGCAGCGUCGGCGGCUAUGAGAGUCUGGGUGGAGGACUGGUUCGCACUUCCUCCUCUUCUUCCUCCUCCUCAUCCUCUGUCUCCCAUCAUCACGGCCCGCCCCUGGAGCAGCCCAUGUACCAGCUGCACCGCGGGGCCGGGGGCAGCAGCCUCGCCUUCCGCUCCCUGGCUCUUGGGCCCUGUGGCCCCCUACUAGGAGACAGCCUGCCCUCGCCUCCCCAGCGUGGACCCCAAGGAGAGGGCACCUGUGCAGUGUGCGGGGACAACGCAGCCUGCCAGCACUACGGCGUACGCACUUGUGAGGGCUGCAAAGGCUUCUUCAAGCGCACCGUGCAGAAAAACGCCAAGUAUGUGUGUCUGGCCAGUAAGAACUGUCCUGUGGACAAGAGGAGACGCAACCGCUGCCAGUACUGCCGCUUUCAGAAGUGUCUGAGUGUCGGCAUGGUGAAGGAAGUCGUGCGCACUGAUAGCUUGAAGGGGCGCCGGGGCCGUCUGCCUUCCAAACCAAAGAGCCCACUGCAGACGGAAGCGUCUCCUCCAUCUCCACCCAUCAGCCUGCUCUCCGCUCUGCUCAGGGCCUACUCCCACUGCACGCCCCGCGACCUCGACUACAGCCAGUUCAGCGCUGCCGACCCUCCCACCUCCUCCUCAGAUGCCGAGCACAUCCAGCUCUUCUACAGGCUGCUCACCAUCUCGAUGGAGACCACGCGGUGCUGGGCCGACCGGCUUCCCGGGUUCUCCGAGCUUCAGCGCGAAGAUCAGAACCUGCUCAUAGACUCUGCCUUCCUGGAGCUGUUUGUCCUGCGGUUGGCUCACAGGUCGAUGCUGUCAGAGGACAAACUUGUGUUCUGUAACGGCUUGGUGCUGCACAGGUUCCAGUGCCUUCGUGGGUUCGGAGAGUGGCUCGACUCCAUCCGGGACUUCUCCACCCACCUCCAGAGCUUAAACCUGGACGCCUCCGCCUUCGCCUGCCUGGCCGCCCUCGUACUGCUCACAGAGCAAGUCCCCGGUCUGAAGGACUCAAAGCGGGUGGAGGAGCUGCAGAAUAAAGUGAUUUGUUGUCUCAGAGACCACCUGGGCUGCGGCCCCUCUUCCUCCUCGUCCAAAGCCGCGCCCCCUCUGAGUCGUAUUUUGGGCCUAAGGGCGGAGCUCCGCUCCCAGAGGACCCAGGGCCUUCAACGAAUCUUCUACCUGAAGCUGGAGGACCUGGUACCGCCCCCUCCGUUGAUUGACAGGUUCCUGGACACUCUGCCCUACUGAUGGCCCGGGCUUACCACGCCGAGAGAAACCUACGUCACGUCCUGUUCAGGCCUUUUCCCCCCCGAGGAGCACGCACACACAUCCAGAAGAGAGACUCACUCCCCUCUGAGAGAGCCAAUCAAAUGCUUUUCACUCAAACGGACAACCAACUAAAUGCUUUCACCAGUAUAAAAAGACAAUUACUCCAACGCUUUACCACUUUUUAUUUGAUCCUCCUGUUUUUCUCACAUGGGGGAGGAUGACGAGGCUGAGAUGGACGACGGAAAAAUGACUCUUUACCGUCCUCUCUCCGUCUGGGUGGCAGCUCACCCAGCGAGAAAAGGAAAAACACAGAGGUUUAUGAGUACUGUCUUAUCUCUGUUUGGGGCCUGAGGACUUCUUUUUAGCAAAGGUGUCAGUGUGAUCGAAUGUUUUUCAAAGCUGAAGAUGUCCCAGUGAAACAUAAGUCCCUGUGUAUUCUAGUUCCUCCUCCUGCUAAGAGAAGGAACAGGGGCGUUUUUCAUACUGACAUGUACUGAAAUGUAAGAGGUCAGACAGCGUUGAGCAUAGACGCACAGAGCAGGACACAGAUAUUUCAUAAACACGUGGAAGUCGCUGUUGAGUUGGGCUCUUGAUUCAAAGUGCAAUUUCUUAAGUGCUAUCUCACCACAAAAGAAAGAGAUGGAGGAGGAAUGGUUUAAUAUCAAACUCUAAAUUAUUUUAAUACAAAGACUUGUCCUGUACUGUCAGUAGCUAAAAGAAAGAGAGACAGUCUCCAUUUGGCUUUAGAGAGCCGAGGAGAUACUGUGCACUAACGAUUGAUGACUGAGUCACCCAGACUUGAACAUGCUCUAGUAUUUUGUUUUGUUUUUUUUUAUUAUUAACUCAUUUUUAAAUCAUAGGUCGAGUAGGAGUACGGAGGAUUGAACACGGACAGAAAAAUUGGCUUUUGAAGCACUUACACCCUGAGAAGGGCUAGAAGCACAGACACACACCCUACCUGCUCCCCCCGGGCGGGUGGAGGACGUCGGGAAGCGGAGGGUGCUCGACAGAUAGCUGUACGUCCAGGGGUGAAACAUUCCGCAGUCAUGCUCUUUUUCUAUUUGUUUCUAUGAAAGUGUGGAGGACAUGGUUGCAUACUGUCUUUGUGUGUACGCUUAGAGAAGCCAGGAUCAUAUGCAUGGUGUGUUUUAAGCUGUAAAGAGCUGCCAUAGCCUGUCAAAACAGCUCGACCUGUGUUUGUGUCUCAGACUGCGGCUCUGUGGGGAUCUCCCCGGGCCUCCAACCAACACCCACUCACACACUCACGGCAGCAGUUUGAAAUAUGAAAAAAAGCAAAUUAUAUAGAUAUAAAUAUAAAUAUAAAUAUAUAUAUAUAAAACUAAUAUUUUGAAGUGUUUUUAGCUUUUUCAAAUAUUGUGGUACGAGUUGUGCAUUGUUUUUUGAAGAAGAGAAACAAAAAAGAAAAAAGUUGCUGUUUUUUCAAUGUCCCUCUUUGGUUUGAGUUUCCUGUUCGAUUAUUUUUUUUUCUUUCUCUUUGGUUCACUGGAUUUUCUGUUCAGCACUUUGAAAUCAUAAACUAGUUCUGAUUAUUCUGCC